UGCGGUGAGAGAGAGCGAGAGCGAUCGUGUGGUGAGGCAGCGGGGACCGGACGGGCUGCUGCAGUCAGUGGGGCAGGCAGCCGCAGUGGUAAACAAAUGCACGCAUUAGAACCCUGUCUGUCCGGAGGUUACAACGGGAUUCCGACGCGGGCACCCGCCGACCUUUCACGGGGGAACGUCUGGAAGUUGAAACGGAGUAAGAGAAAGACGAGGACUCUAUCUUAAAAACUCGUUUUUCAACCACCCCUCCAACACACGCGCACACCGACGCCACCGACACCAGCACCAGCAGCAGCAGCUUGUGCGCGGCUUAUGUGACAUAAACCUCCAGCGGACACGGACGAAAACAUGACGGAGCUUAGGAAGCGAGGUGGAGGCGGAGAUCCUGACGGUGCCGAAAACAUCAGUGACAAGGAGGCUGAUGGAGAAGACAGGCUGGGUCUGUCCGGGGAGGCAGAGGGAGAGGCUGACAUUGACUCUAAAGCAGAAACUCCAGAUCUCCCACCCUCAACAGACACAGACAACACUCCACAGUGUCUCAACAAGGCCCUGGAGGGACUGCCCCCCAGGUAUUUCCUGAUUUGCGUCAACUACUUCUUUUAUGGUGAAACGGUGGCAGAUUACUUUGGGGCCCUGGUGCAGAGGGAGGAGCCACUACAGUUCCUUGCUCGAUACCACCGUUUCAUCUCCUUCACUCUGUACCUGGCAGGUUUCUGCAUGUUUGUACUGAGUUUAGUGAAGAAACAUUAUCGCCUGCAGUUUUACAUGUUUGCCUGGACCCAUGUGACCCUGUUGAUUGUGGUAACUCAGUCCCACCUAGUGAUUCAGAACCUGUUUGAAGGAAUGAUCUGGUUUAUUGUCCCCAUCUCCAUAGUGAUUUGCAAUGACAUCAUGGCGUACCUGUUCGGCUUCUUCUUUGGACGAACUCCAUUGAUAAAGCUCUCUCCCAAGAAGACCUGGGAAGGCUUCAUUGGAGGUUUCUUUUCCACCGUGGUCUUUGGCUUCAUCCUGGCCUACCUGCUAUCUCAGUUCCAGUACUUUGUGUGUCCUGUGGGAUACAACAGUGAAUCCAACAGGUUUACCGUCGAAUGUGAGCCCACCGAGAUCUUUGUGAUGCAGGAGUACACCCUCCCCACUGUGGUCCAGAAUGUUGUGAGAUGGAAAACAGUCAACCUGUACCCCUUCCAGAUCCACAGUAUCUUCCUGUCGGCCUUUGCCUCUCUCAUCGGACCCUUUGGAGGCUUCUUCGCAAGUGGCUUUAAGAGAGCCUUCAAGAUUAAAGACUUUGCGAACACCAUCCCUGGUCAUGGAGGCAUCAUGGACCGCUUCGAUUGCCAGUACCUGAUGGCUACCUUCACACAUGUCUACAUAGCAAGCUUUAUCAGAGGACCCAAUCCCAGCAAGGUGCUCCAGCAGCUGCUGGUUCUGCAGCCGGAGCAGCAGCUCAGCAUCUUCCACACCCUGCACUCCCACCUGAGAGAGAGGGGCAUGCUGCCCCCUGCUGGCGCCCAUGCAGAAUGACGUGCCCGCAGCGCGACAGGGUGAUGUGGUUUGUGUGCGCGCGUGUGUGUGUGUGUGUGUACAGUUAGAAACCAGAGCUUGUGUCUAUGUCGAUGUUGAGUGUAAGAACACAUGCGCAGUUGCAUGAUGUGUGAUCCCCAGGCCCUUGUUGGAGCCUCUGUCGUCACCUAACCCUGGAUCUUCAUCCGAUUUUCAGCCAACUAUUUACUGUGACCCACGUCCUGAGGGAACUCUACUGACUAUGUGAAAUUGCUGUGUAAAAAAAAAAAAAAAAAAAUCUAUCCAAAGUACGAAGAAACAACGGUUUAAAAAAGUGACGUUUGCAGACAUUAUUGCUUUUCCUGGGGACCUGCACAUGAACCAGCCCAACUUGCAUAGCACAAGCUAGAGGGCGGCACCCAUCCUACAGACUUCAAGGCUGCGCUUAAGGAAACGUCUUUCUUGGCGAAAGGGAGACCCUCAGCUGCACCCCCCCCCCCCGGUAGGAUGGACUGUGAACGCACGCUUUCCCCGUGGAUGGCAAACAUGGCACUGAUCGCAGCUGACGCAGAAGGAAAGAUGAUGCAGCGUUUUUACCGGUUCACAACCGGGUUUGUAGCAUUGGGAAUCUGGACUGGAGCAACCGUAAAAAGACUGCUGUGAGAUUUUCUUGUAGGUGGGUGGGGUUGGGGGGGGUGUUAAAAUAACAAACUUUAUACACUGUUUUGUAGGCUACGCUCUACCCACUGGUCUUAACCAUCAGCAUAAGAAAAUAUGAAGCAUGCACUUAGGUCCUGUCUUGGGCUGAGAACAGCCUCCUUUACUCCUCCGUGUGACCUAGGAUAGCUUUUACUUUUUUAAACGUUAUCUAAGUGACUCACACUCGACUGUCGGCAUGGAUAGUGAUCACUGUUAAAGCAGAAACUGAACAGAGGCACACGCCAGUUAGAGCUCUACAGUGCACGUGUGUGUUUCUGUGAUACGUUUUACUGUACAUAAAUAUAAUAUUUAGCUGAACAAACAACUAACGUGUUUAAAAAAAGCUACCUACGUAACCUGUCGGACAGGAAAGACACAAGCUAUGAGAAAUGAGAUGCAAAAAAAAAAAUGGGACGAUACUUAUUUUUAGACUUUAGCAUGAACAAAUAGCGUGGGGUUUUAUUAGACAAGGGCGGCAGA